AAAGCAAGACCUCCAAAUAUUUUCUUCAAACAAUACUCUGGUUAUAUUGUUACAAAUGCUCAACAUGGCAGAGCCCUAUUUUAUUACUUUGUCGAAGCAGAUUCAGAAAAUGCCGCGUCACUUCCCCUUACUGUUUGGCUCAAUGGAGGCCCUGGUUGUUCAUCUGUGGGUUACGGUGCUUUUAUGCAGCAUGGUCCUUUUCGGCCAGGGAAAGAUGGGAGUCUUAUAAAAAACAAAUAUUCCUGGAAUUUUGAAUCGAACAUGCUAUAUGUGGACUCCCCUAUUGGGGUAGGAUUUUCAUACUCAAAUACAAGCUCAGACAACAUCAACUGGGAUGAUACUGCAACUGCUAAGGAGAAUCUCCAAUUCAUCCUCAACUGGUUCAAGAAGUUCCCUCAAUAUAGAAACUUGGAUGUGUACUUAACCGGGGAGAGUUAUGCAGGUCACUAUAUACCACAGUUCACAUUAUUGCUGCUUGAUUACAACAGAAAGCCCAAUGUUAAACCAAUAAAGCUUAAAUCAAUUGCACUGGGGAAUCCACUGCUAGAUAUUGAAAUAAGCGUGAAGUCGGCGGAAUAUCUAUGGUCACAUGGUGUCAUUUCUGAUGAACUGCUUGAUAUGCAAAGAACAAUCUGUAAUGAAACAAGGUAUGUGCUGGAGUAUAUACGUAAUGAGACAUCUAACGAAUGCUCGAAAGUGUGGGAACUCAGAACGGAGGAGAUGGGAAAUGAUACAGUCAAGGACGAUAUUCUUUUGCCAACAUGUGUAUCCUCUAAUGCAGCAGGACGAUUACGGACCCUUGGAAACCUUUCCACAAUGCAUGAAAAGCUAGAUAAGAAAGUAGGAAAAGUUGCUGAUCCAUGCCUUACUGAGUGGAUUGAUCUGUACCUCAACAAGCCAGAAGUUCAGAAGGCGCUACAUGCCAAUACCACUUACCUGCCGUAUGCCUGGGAGAUUUGUUCAGGGCCCCUUCAGUAUAGGCUAGAUGAUGUUGCUAUGAACAUUAUACCUCUACUGUCUAAUAUUCUAAAAGAGCAUAUACCAAUUCUGCUUUUCAGUGGAGAUCAAGAUUCAAAACUCCCACUGACCCAAACUAGGAAAAUUGCUAAACUGCUUGCUCGAGAUUUAAAGCUAGUUGCUUUUGACAAAUAUGGUCCUUGGUAUGAUGGCUUGCAGAUUGGAGGAUGGAGUCGGUCAUUUGGAGGGCUAAGGGAAGGCAAAAACAUUACAUAUUUAACAUUUGCUACAGUAAGAGGUGCAGCUCAUGAAGUGCCCUAUACAUCUCCUUCACAAGCUCUUACACUUUUUAGAGCAUUUCUGGGAGGACAUCCUCCACCACGUAAGAGCAGCACCAUUGCAACCUCAGCUGCGUAAUCCUAUCGUUCUGAUGAACCUCUAUUCCACUGUUCUCUAGACUGCAAGAACCUAUUCUCAAGCUUUCUUUUGUAAUCUUUGUCUUACCUUUUUUUUUUUUUUUUUUUUUUCCUGUGUGGAUUUUAAAUAAGUCUACUUAUUGCAUAUAACUUGGCCGGCCCUAGGUUUUACCUAGAGCCCCAAUGAUUGAUUUA